GAAUGUCUCAGUCAGUACUUAACCGCCAGUUACACGUUAUCGUUCGAUAUUUGCUGUAAACAUUUUCGAUCGGAAAUAAUUAGCUAACAUAUAGAGCUAACUAACCUACAAUUUGCAAAUCAAAUCAUAUAGACGGCAAACGUUUUCGAUUCUAUUUGUUCUUUUUUGACGUUUAUUGCCAGCAGACAACAUCAUCAAAAUGAGUUAUCCAUUUGGCUCGGGCAUGCCACCACUUCCAAACUCGAAUGCAUCACCCAAUUAUCCUUCCUAUCCAAGGCAAUCAAAUAAUUCGAUGCCAAUGACUUCAUAUCCAACACAAUCGAACCAAAUGCCUUCAUAUCCGACACAAUCGAUGCCGCAGGCACCAUUUGGAGCUGGUUUUGUGCCACCGCAGCCAGCUCCAAGCGCUUAUCCAAGUGCUUAUCCAAGCGUAUAUCCAAAUGCACAUCUUCCGAGCUCUACAACAGUUUAUCCACCACCGAUAAAUCCAAACGCAUCUACACACAUUCCACCAACAAAUUCACAACAUUAUUUACCCCCACAACAAGGUUAUUCGGGUUAUGGUUAUCAACAAAUUUCAACAUCGGGCCCAUCAUAUCCAGUUGUUGGCAAUAUGGCUGCAUGUUUUUCAGAAAUGCAAGGUCAUAUUAAGGAUGUUCGUCGGUCCAAGGGAAAUCCAACCGUUGUGCCAGCUCAAAACUUUGAUCCGGUUGCCGAUGCCCAUGCAUUGCGGAAGGCGAUGAAAGGAUUUGGCACCGAUGAAGACAGUCUCAUAAACAUAAUUUGCCGACGCUCAAAUGAACAGAGACAAAUCAUUCAACGUACAUACAAAACCCAAUUUGGAAAAGAUUUAAUCGAAGAUGUUCGCUCGGAAACUAGCGGAAACUUUGAAAAGUUAUUGGUCGCAUUAUUGACGCCAAUCGUUGAUUUUUACGUGAAAGAAUUACACGAUGCAAUGGCUGGAAUUGGAACCGAUGAGGAUGUUCUCAUUGAAGUUUUGUGCACAAUGUCAAAUUAUGAAAUUCAUACCAUAAAGCAUGCUUAUGAAAGACUUUAUGGCAAAAGUUUGGAAAAUGAACUGAUGUCGGAGACGUCGGGCAAUUUUAAACGACUUUUGGUUUCACUUUGUGCUGGCGGCCGUGAUGAAAGCGGUAUUGUUGAUGCAGUUGCUGCAACUCGGGACGCCACUGAAUUAUUACGUGCCGGAGAAUUGAGAGUUGGUACAGAUGAAAGUACAUUCAACAUGGUAUUCUGUCAACGCAACUAUGCUCAAAUCAAAUUGACUUGUGAGGAAUAUCAGAAAAUGACCGGCCAUGGAUUAGAGAAAGCGAUUAAAAAUGAGUUCAGCGGUGACAUUAUGGAUGGUUUGAUUGCCAUUUUACAAUGUACCACAAACAAAGGUGAAUUCUUUGCAAGCCGCCUCCACAAGAGUAUGGCUGGCAUAGGAACAAAUGAUAACCAAUUGAUUCGGUUGGUGGUGACACGAUGCGAAAUCGAUUUGAAUGACAUUAAGGUCGCAUUCGAACGCUUGUACGGCAAAAGUUUGCGCAGCUGGAUAAAGGGCGACACAUCUGGCCACUACAAGCAUGCUUUGUAUGUAUUGAUUGGCGAACAGCGUUCAUCAUAAGUUCAAAUUGAUUUUCGGUGAUCAAAAUUUACGUGUGCUAAAUUUAAAUUAAUAAUUCACCUUUUUCAAUCUCCGUUUCAUAUUUUGUUCAAAACUUUUAUAGAAUUUAAUUAUUUUUGAUUAUAUAGAUAUUUUGUGACACUCCAAUUGAGUAACGUAAUUGAUAUUAUAUAAUGUGCAUUUUUUUGAUAAAUUUGAAACAUUCAAAUUACAGUUUACAACAAUAAUAAUUAAUUUAAUGAGUACAAGAUCCAGCACAAUCGAUUUUCUUAUAAACAAUUUAAAUAAAAAGUAUAAAUCAUAGAUUUUCUUGAAU